GCAGCAGCAGCAGAGUAGUCAGCGCGAUCUCGUGUGGUUUUUCAUUGUGCAUUCAGUUUUGGAUUUGGAUAUUGUGGAAAAGCCGUAGCCGUGCCGCUGUCUGCGCGCGUUUGGCACUCAUGCUUUUAUAAUUUUACACGAUCCUCGUUUAGCUCUAGUAGUAUUUAGUUAUUUGUUUGGGUUUUUAGCAACAAUUCAAUUCAACCCAAACAAAUCAAAAAAAAAGGAAUUCAGCAAAUCGUACGAUCUAUAAAUCUAGUGCAAGUUCGAAAGUUUUAAUGGAACGUGCCCUGUCCCAUGUGCGUGUGGAUUUGCCAUUGGUAUCGCCCGGAGACCGCAGCCGCACAACUUGCUGCUGAGCCCGUUUAGAGAGAACGGAACGCAGUUAGUUUGGCAAAAUGAAGCGCGACGUAUCCACGUCGACGAUUGGCCGGGAUGAGGCCCGGCGACCGCUGAUGGAGGCGUAUAUGUUCCAGCGUCGUGUGCUGCUCGGCUGCAGCCUGUUGAUGGUCGUCUCGCUGUGCGUUUGGAUUGUGGCCAUUGCAACGGAUCAUUGGAUUAUCAUAUCGGGCGGCGCAGGCAUCUUUAUACCGGAAUCGCGACGCUUCUUUAUGAACUCGCAUUCGGGCCUGUGGCGUCAUUGCCGCAACACAAUUGUUCCGAAUGCGCUGAGCAAUGCGCAGGUGGUGCGGAAUUUCAGCUCCAUGUCGUACACCUCGCAGUCGUAUAUCAACGAUGCCAAGCGCAAUCUCACCAACAUGGAUUUCAUACGGAGUUUUGCCGAGGAGAAGCUGGACGGUUCCGGCAAUUUUACGGAGCCCGCGCGACGACGCAUGUUCGCCCAUUGGGCGCGCGGCGAGGAGGAGGAGUUCCAAACGUUUCGCAGCGCCUUCCACAAGCUGGUCAUGUCCACGGAGGCGAAUCAGCAUGAAUUCAAUGCGACAGCCGUCAAGCCCAUACCGAUCGAUCCGUUGGAUGUGAGCGGCAUCAUAAGGCGUCGCACCUUCGGCUCGGCGCUGCAGCGCGUCAAAUAUAACAACACCUGGUCGUACUAUGUAAUACCGGAGAUGGCGCAACAGUGUAUAUUUAGCAACUGGACGGAUUAUCCGCUGGUCGUCCGUCUGCUGGGCACCUAUAUACGCGACAUCGGCAUACCGGCCUUUGUGCUCAACGAGGAGCGCGUCAUCUUGAUUCUGGUGCCGCCUCUGCCCCCGAAGAGGGGCGGGCAGACCGCCUACUACAGCUAUAUACCCUACCCGCGUUGCAAGUACAUCGACAUGUUCCCCAAUUCCAAUACUCUGCGCAACGAGCCCGGCUUCGAUGAUGAGCUAAUGGUGUUGUGGCACGCCAUUGCAGAUUAUAUACGAACGCAGGCAUCCUUUGCCUGCAUCACAUUGUUCGUGAUGAGCCUGGGCGCUGUCUUCUCCUUCUACACGUUCAUGAAUCCGCGCUACAUGUUCAAGCGUCUGGCCGGCGGCAUACACCUGGUUGCGGCAUCCACAGCUCUUGUGGUGCUGCAGGUAUUGUUCUCGUCCAUUGACUACACCAAGGAGCAUUUGUUCUAUGCGUAUCCGGAUGGUGCGGAAUUGACCUAUGGCUAUGGCGUUUACCUGGCGUGGUUCACGUUCGUAACAAAUAUUGUUUGCGGUAUUAUGUUCCUCUGGUAUUCGGGUAAGAAAAAAGGCGCUAAGGCGCCCAAUGAUGAAGUUGCCAUGGCAGAUGAGCCAACCAUAAUGGGCCGAUAGGUUCGCCCACAAACCACAAUCAAAGACCAAAGCAAUCCAAAGCCAAUACCUGGGUUGGUAUUUUCGUUUCACUUUUGUUAUUUGUUAUCUUCUUAAUAGUAUAUAUUUUAAUAUAUAUGUGUAAAAUGAGUUUUUUGAUUUAUAAUGAUCUAAAGAACUCGGCGCAAUAAAGAAAUCAUUUGUUUACCUAUAAUACAAAA